AUGGACACGAAGAUCGCUCUUGCAUCUCGUGGGAUUGUGCGUGCAAUCCAGGCUGAGCAGGAUCCUCUGCCGGCCGGAGUCACGCCACUAACAGAACAACAGAAGUAUACCGUCUUAUACAUUAUAAGGCACCAUAUCCACCAAGAUCUCAAGUCUGAGUACUUGGAGGAGAAAUCCCCUAGUACCCUGUUUCAGGCCCUCAAAACGAGGUAUGAGCAGCAGACAACAGUUGUCCUGCCAGAAGCACUCCAUGAUUUGACUCACCUCCGUCUUCAGGACUUCAAGUCCAUAUCGGAGAGUACAAUCACGAGAAUCCUCCAGCAGACGAUGCAUCGUGCUCGCGACUACCAAGUCUAUUCCGAUCUUAUUCAUAUCUUACUUCAGGCUGAAAAGCAUGAUGAGCUACUCGCUAAGAAUGGCUCUCAGCGCCCGGUUGGUUCUCAACCUCUACCUGAAGUUCAUAUGAAUGUCGCGACCGGACGAAAGUUUGAUGGUGGCUUCAAAGGAAAGCCGUCGAACUUCAAUGGUAAGCGAAAGCGCAACCGGAACAGGAAGCCCAGAAACUCAGACCAUGGGAAAGACACCGCAAAGUCCAAGUUUGAUAAAUCUAAGCUUUGCGACAAGUGUGGAUGCUACACGCACCCCAGUGACAAGUGCAAGACCCCAAAGCAUCUGGCCAUUCUGUACCAGCAAUCCCAUGGACGCAACGCACCUCAAGGGAAAAGGUUUGAAGCCAACUUCAACCUUCAUCCAGAUGGCACCGAUGGAGCUGGCUGUUCGCAAGACGUUCCCUCGGGACCUAGCAACACCAUGCCUCUCUAG